CAAACCAAGGCCCCGGCGCCAGCCUGCGCUGCGCACAGCUUCCAAGGAAGGAGUGGUUGGGCAGAAGGGGGGUGUGGUAACUAGACUCCCGUUAAACUCCCAGCAAGUGCACGACCACUGUGGACAUGCAUUUCCAAGCUCUCCAUGAGACCCGAUGGAAGCUGAGCCUGUCCCGAGAGGAGUGACCAGAAAUGACCUGACUGCAAAGAGUCAAAGCAGCAGUGGAGAUCUGGGAAACCCUCUGAAGUUAGGGUCACGGUCACUUGGAGGAAAGGGGGAGGGGAAGCGGAAGAGGACACAGACCCUGCUUGCGAAGGGAAUGCGUCGGCUAGCAAGAAAUCGGUGGAUGUCGGCUGUGCUGACAGCUGUUCAGGUAGGGUAGGUCUGGCAAGCGCCCAAUGCUGCAAGCUCCUUUGUCAGGAGCUGCCACCCUGCCCUGCCACGAAGCAUGGACUCCGGCGUGCCAGGCUUUGCUGCCCAUCUCCACCACCUCCGACUCUAAGUGAUGCUGAUUCACAUGACCUGGGAACCGAAGACUCCCAGCAGUCCGUGAAGUAAAGGGAAGGCGGUGCUGGAACCGCUAUAGACACCCACGGUGGUGAGAAACCUCCAUUUCAAGGCAUUUGCCAGCACGCCGGGAUGGAAGCCUCGACCUGGCGCUACUCCGGCUAUUUGCUUGAUAGCAAAAGUCAGACGAGAGAGCAAGACUCUCUUCUCCCUAGGGAAACCUCCAGGGUGAAACACAAAGAUUAUGCUCUGUGGAGUAAGAAGGAAGUCAGCCGGGAGGACCUGUGGUUUGAAGCGGAGCCAGGCGACCCCCUGGAUACCGGUUACGACGUGCACGUCUCUACUAAAAAGGUGCAGAUGAGCAAAAGGGUGUGCGAGAGCCGAUCCGGGGGGCUGGUGGCAGAGGAGUCGUGCUUGGAAGAACGGACUAUAACGAAAGGAAGUGGGAAGAGGUUUGUGGAAGGCGAAGCCUCGAUGAAGGUGGUGGAGAUGCAGCUCAGCCGGCCACACUUGGCAGAAGGGCCGGAGAGCAGGAAGGUGAACCCCAUUGUUUAUAGGCUGGAGGAAAAUGAAUUCAGCAUCUGCGGUCAAGAGGGGGAAAUUUCUCCUUUUGCCCAUCCGGAGCCUGCAGGGAAAAGGGAAGUGACAGAAAACAGAGCCCCACAGGUGCCGGGAAGCCUCGGGAGCGAGCCGGCAGCAAGCACGAGUGGAAAUAUGAUCAACACUUUCCAAGGAACCCUGAGGAAACAGAUAAGCCGCUCGGACUCGGAAAGCAGCACAGAGAGCAGACAAGUGAACAGACUGACAUUGAACUCUCCCUCCGAGGAAUUUAAACCCACUGUCCCCACCAGAUCAGAUAGCUGGGGGAGAGGAGCCUCAGCAAUGGACUGCGCGCUGCAAAGCAAGCAGGGCACGGCAGCUCCAUCUGCCUCGCACGCCCUCCAGGACAGCAGCGAUCAAGGAGGAAACUUCAGGCAGACAAUUAAUGCUGCCCCUCAGCCCGAAAGCUUCGCAGACCACCGCCCAAGUGGUCAGACUUGCGCAAAGGAUCCACUGGGAAAGCCAGAGAAAGUUGAGCAGGUAGUGGUCUCUGCCAUUGCAAGCUGCACUGUGGUCGCUAGAGAUGCUGACACGGAUCCAAGAGGGAACAGCGGCCUGGGCCUUGAGAGCAGAGGAGGUUUUGGAAGUGAGGCUGAGAUGGUGGGGUCCGACUCGAACAGCCAGGGUAGCUGCUCGCCAGCCCCCAGCCUGCAAACCAAGGAAAGCCUGGCAGUUGUUCUUAGCAAGGCCGUCACAAUGGCAGGGGUGCUGCAGGAACUGCCCCGCUGCCCAGCCAAAGCCAGCAAAAACCGGGCAGAAAUCACAUUGCAGAGCAAUGCAAUAAAAUUAACAGGAGAGAGGGUCCCAGGCCAGGAUCUCGCCCAGCAAGAGCAGAAAGUGAGGAGAAAUGAAGAGGACGAAAAGGUGCUGAAAGUGGCUGAUGUGAAGAAAACCUUUGAAAAGCACAAGUCGGCAGAGGGGAAAGCAGCAGCACCUCCACCCAAUCCUGCGAGAAAAGACACCAUGAGGCGAGUGGUACGGCAAAGCAAAUUUCGGCACGUGUUUGGCCAAGCCGUGAAAAAUGACCAGUGUUACGACGACAUCCGGGUUUCCCGCGUCACCUGGGAUAGCUCUUUCUGUGCGGUCAACCCCAAGUUCGUGGCGAUCAUCGUUGAAGCCAGCGGCGGUGGAGCCUUCCUGGUGCUGCCCCUGCACAAGACAGGUAGAAUUGACAAGUCUUACCCGACGGUGUGCGGUCACACGGGACCGGUGCUGGACAUAGACUGGUGUCCUCACAACGAUCAAGUCAUUGCCAGCGGCUCCGAGGACUGCACGGUCAUGGUGUGGCAGAUUGCAGAGAACGGCCUCACUCUCUCCUUGACGGAGCCCGUGGUGGUGUUAGAAGGCCAUUCGAAAAGAGUUGGCAUCGUGGCCUGGCAUCCGACCGCGCGCAACGUGCUGCUCAGUGCAGGUUGCGAUAACGUAGUCAUCAUCUGGAACGUGGGGACGGGCGAACCCCUCAUCAACCUGGACGACAUGCACUCGGACAUGAUUUACAACGUAAGCUGGAAUCGCAACGGCAGCCUGAUCUGCACGGCUUCCAAGGACAAAAAAGUCCGGGUCAUCGACCCCCGGAAACAAGAAAUCGUUGCUGAGAAAGAUAAGGCCCACGAGGGAGCACGACCCAUGAGAGCCAUUUUCCUCUCCGACGGCAACAUCUUCACCACCGGCUUCAGCCGCAUGAGCGAGCGGCAGCUUGCCCUGUGGAAUCCAAAAAAUAUGGAAGAGCCCAUCGCCCUUCACGAAAUGGACACCAGCAACGGGGUGCUGCUGCCCUUCUACGACCCAGACACCAAUAUCAUUUACUUGUGCGGCAAGGGUGACAGCAGCAUUCGCUACUUCGAGAUUACAGAUGAAUCCCCGUACGUCCACUACCUCAACACCUUCAGCAGCAAGGAGCCGCAGCGAGGGAUGGGGUUCAUGCCAAAGAGGGGCCUUGAUGUGAACAAGUGUGAGAUUGCCAGGUUCUUCAAGCUCCACGAGCGGAAGUGCGAGCCCAUCAUCAUGACGGUCCCUCGAAAGUCGGACCUCUUCCAAGAUGACCUGUAUCCCGACACGGCAGGCCCAGAAGCGGCUCUGGAAGCGGAGGAGUGGUUUGAGGGGAAGAACGCCGAUCCGAUCCUCAUUUCCUUGAAACAUGGGUACAUUCCCGGCAAAAACAGGGACCUCAAGGUGGUCAAGAAGAACAUACUGGACAACAAACCUGCCGCCAACAAGAAGAGCGACCUCAUCACCGCCCCAAAGAAAGCAGUAGACACCUCAAACAUUCAAAAUGAAGCCAAAUUGGAUGAGAUUUUGAAAGAGCUCAAAUCUAUAAAAGACACAAUCUCCAAUCAAGACGAGCGCAUUUCCAAGCUAGAACAGCAGAUGGCGAAGAUUGCAAACUGAGCGCCGCCGCGGGAGAGAGGAAAGGGAGCAGAACUCAAGCUGUUAGCUGGGUGCAGGGCUGCGGGAGGGCUGGGGAGGCACUGCCAUUCAAGAAGACAUUCCAUUUCAGAGGUUCGUCGAGCGGCACCGGCCGCCAUUGCGAUACGAACUUUAUCAUCCUCCGAAAUUCAGGUCAACGAAAGCCGACGAUUAAAAGCCAAGCUUUUUAGCGAGAGGUUUCUUUUUUUUUUUUUUUUUUUUUUCCCCCCCCUCCUGAUGUUUUAAUGAUUUUAUGUGACUCUUUUUUUUUUUGGUCAGACUUAAAAGAUCAAGUGCUACUUUUACAAUCUUGCUCCAGGUGUUUAUGAAUUCUUGAGGACAAACGGUUCCAACUUUCCACCGAGUGCCCAAAUAGCUUUUUUUUAAAUAGAAUUAGGGACCAAUGCCAUAUUGUUCUUAAUGAGUUUUUUUUAAGUUGCCAAACCCCCCCCCCCCCCCCAAACAAACCCCCUCAAAAUAACUUUUUACAUUUGUCCUAUAUGCCAUUUUUGCAGUAUUUGUGGGUUGGUUUUAUUUUUUCUUUAAUUGGAAGGGGCAGCAGUGUGUGCGUGUGUGUGAGACUGUGUGUGUUUAUACUGUUUCAGAGAACAAAAUCGAAGCUAUUUUGUACGAGCGUUCUUUUUUUUUUCCUUUUGAACAAUCAGAUCCGUUUCGUUCGCAGUGUGGACGAAGCUGUUGUAAAGACCCUGCAUAAACCCGUAUGAGCUGACUUGACUGCCUUUAUUUUUAUUUUUUUAACGUGUCCCCAACCACCGCCGCCUGCUUGGUUCAGAGUGAAGUAGCUUCAAGUCACUACAAAGCUCGUUCCCUAUUUCUGCGUGCUAAUGGGAUGAUCUCAUGUCCUGGAGUCAUGUUGCUGUUCCGCAGUUACCCCAUGCUUUGGAUUAUUUUGACCUUGUGACAAGAGCAUGUUGUGUUGUUGGCUGCGUGUUUCUUUUCUUUUCUUUCCUUUUUUUUUUUUUUUUUUUUUAAAGGCCUAAAUGCAUUUACACAAAAGACGUUUGUGUUAUUUAUCACCUGAACAUUAGGUUUAGGAUGUGCAAUGAAAUAUCUUAAGCCGAAUGCCCUGAAGGGUCACCUUGCAAGCUGAUGGGAUGGUAGCUUGUAGCCAAGGUGUCCAUGCCGGCCGUUCCAGUGAAUAUUGUUCAUCUGUACUAGAGCAGCAAAGGCUCCUUGGUAACUCCUUGGCUAAGAAGUGUUUAAAUCUGUGAGCUGACAGUACUUCUGCCCCUGUUUUGAUGCUGGUGUGAGAGCUUUCAGUCCUGGGGUUGCUUCCAAAGCAGCAUUAAAAACAGCUUGGGUGAUUGUAGUGCGACAGAUCUCAAUCCUUCCCACCCUCCACCUCUCCAGCCCCUUUUUCUCCCUCUCACUCCUGCCUUGCAACCCCACCAGCUACAGUAAAAUCUUAUCCCAGGGAACUGAAGGUUUCCCAUGAUGUAAGUGGCCUUUAUCGCGAGCCCUGUUGCAAUCCAAGUUUACUUUUGUCCCCCAACUCAUUCCUUGCCCUAGCCUUUGAGAUCCUCCAGUGAAAGGUUAUGUACAAGUCAGCCUCCCCAAUACGGGACUGUGCAAGAGGCUCCGCUGUACGACACAGAGGGGUGUUUGACACCGGGUGACGAACGUCAUCUCCCAGUGGGACCCCUGCUUCGUAUUCCAACCGGGUUCAACACCUGCUGGGCCGAAGCACGUCAGAUGUCUGGUGGUCCAGCAUGGGUUGCUGCGACGGGUGGUGAACUCCAUGGAGCCUACCCGUUAUCGUGACGGGCCGUGCCAGCAGCGCUUGGGAGGGCGGGAGGUGGAACGACACACAUUUGAUUCCUCUUGGCAAACGUGAAGCCGGCCUGUGUGACGGAGGAAAGCCUGUAGCAGAGAGUCAGCUGAUGAGUCUCAAAUGCCUUCAGGUUUGACCCUUGGGUUGCCUCGCUGCAGCUUUAAUAUCUAUGCACAUUUGCAUACGCUUGCAGGGCGUGCACACCACACAUGCAUGUGUGCGCGCGCACGCACACACACACGCCAACAUGCCCAGCUGACCCUUCGGGAGUCUCCUCCACAAGACAGCCUUUGAAUGCGGUGGGUCUGUAUUCCUUCCCAGAGCGCGCUCUGGCCAUCUUCUCCACUAGGUUAGCUAGACUUUCUCAAGUUCUCCGUUUUCUUGUAUUUGCAUGUUCAAAACUUAACGAUUAAGGAUUCUCUGUUCUGGAAGGCUGUGAGUGUUUGUGACAAUGUGAAGUCGUACCAUUUUGGGACAGUCAAGUGAUGUUGUUAGCUGGUGAAGCACAAGCCAUUUGAUGUGAAAGGACAGAGAACGUGUACAGUUCCACAGGAUGGAAAGCUUCAUUAAGGUAGUGAUGGGUAUAUCUUUUUUCUUUAAGAAAGCAGUGAGCAGAGCAGCAAGGCAAACACCCUUCGCCUUGCGCAUUGAAGAAAACUUGCUGGAGUUUGACUAGAGGUUGGAUUUGCAGUCCGGGCAUUCAGCACGCUCUGAACAUUUGGGUGGUUUUUCACUGCAGCAGAUUGGGGGGGGGCGUUUGUGAGACAGCUGAGCACGACUCUUCCCCCGGGUAGCAAUCUCCAUGUCAAUCUGUACGUCUGACUUCAGGGUUGUGCGCUAGGGACGUGUUGUUCUUUUAAUCAAUGGGAAUGAAGUUUCUGAAAUGCCAGGUUUUACUGCCCAAACAGCGUUGGUGCAAGGUUGGCGGUUUUAAGGAGAAGGGGGCGGGGAAAGGUCCUCCUUGAUUUUUUUAGUUACUAGCUUGUAUUUUAUUUAAAUGAACUGAUGAUGCCUAGCCAGGCUCAGCCAGAGUCAGUGCCUGAAGCUUUUUUUUUUUUUUUUUUUUUUUUUUUUUUUUUUUUUUU